AUGUUGUUUGCGGACGAUAUAGGUUUGAUUGACGAGACUCUCAGCGGAGUCAACGCUAAGCUGGAAGUUUGGAGGCAAACACUGGAGUCUAAAGGGUUCAGGUUGGGUCAGACCAAGAUGGAGUACUUAGAAUGCAAGUUCAGUGGCGUAAUGCCUAAGGCUGGAGUGGAAGUGAGGCUUGAUACCCAGACCAUCCAAAAGAAAGAAAGUUUUAAGUAUCUUGGGUCCAUUAUACAAGGAAUUGGGGAGAUCGACGAUGAUGUCACACAUCGUAUUGGUGCAGGGUGGAUGAAGUGGAGACUCGCAUCAGGAGUCUUUUGUGACAAGAAGUUGCCACCGAAACUUAAAGGCAAGUUCUACAAAGUGUUGGUUAGAUCGACUAUGUUGUAUAGGGUUAAGUGUUGGCCAGUCAAGAUCUCCCACGUUUAG